CAAGUAUACAACAAACUUGGCAACCUCAUCCCAACAAACUUCACUCACCAUAAUCCUACGAUAAAAUGCCAGACCCAGCGCAAAUCAACCGCUCGCUUGGAACCCUCCGAACUGAACUCGAGUACCUCGCCGCAGCAGGUGUCCUCUCUCCUCCACAACUGCAGUCGAUUGCGGCGCAACUCCCGCAACCAAACGGCCAGCCAUCGCCCUACGUUGACCCAAGAUACGUGUCAGGGGCCAAUCAGUUCAAUCCUAGUCUAGUUGCACAGCAGGCGCAGGAUCCUAAUAAUCCUGCACAUCCUGAUCAUCCCAAGCACCAUGACUGGGCGAAGAAGCUAGGUUCCAAGUUUGGAAAUGCUGCAGUGUAUGGAGCUGGAGCGACGUUUGGGGCGGAUCUGGUUAAUGAUGUUAUGAGGAAAUUUUGAGGGGUUGGAGUAUGUAUAGUCUAGUGGUGGUUUGGUGAUGAAUUGAGUAGUGGCAUGUACACCUAUGAAUGAGAUGAUGCAACGAAUUUGGGUAUACUACUAGGCAUAUACAGUGAGAGCAUUGAUUGAAUCUUAUGAUGAUUGAAGUUGGGUA